UCGGAUCGGAAGCGCUUAGAGCCGGCGAGGGGUUGGAAGAUGCUUCCUGAAGCCGCCCGUCGUUUCCUCGCGGCGGGCAGCCGGCCCCGGGUUCGCCGUGCCGUCUCCUCGGGCGACGUGAGGGGGUAGGCGGGAAGGCCGCGCCGGAGGGGAUGGCGGGAGCAGAGAGCGGGAGCGGAGCCUUCUCCAUGUCCUCGGUCGUCGCGGACCGGAGCUUGGUGUUCUGGACGCUGUGCUCGGUCAUCCUGCCCGUGCUGAUCACUCUGUGGUGCAGCUUCCACCGCUCCCGGCGGCAGAUGCUGAUACGUGACAUCUUUUACAAGAGCAAGCACGACUGGCACUAUACGGACCUCUUCGGGCAGCCCUCCUACUGCUGCGUGUGCGCUCAGCACGUCCUCAGAGGCACUUUCUGCAGCUGCUGCGGGCUGCGCGUCUGCGAGGGAUGCCUGAAGAAGGCCGACCAGCAUUUCCUCUGCAAGGAAAUCGUGAUGAGGAGCGAAGCUGGAGCCCGCGGCUCUAUGCCGCACCAUUGGAUCAGGGGCAACGUCCCGCUCUGCAGCCACUGCGUGGUGUGCAAGCAGCAGUGCGGCACGCAGCCCAAGCUCUGCGAUUACAGAUGCGUGUGGUGUCAGUGCACUGUCCAUGAUGAAUGCAUGUUGGAUUGUUUAAAGAUUGAGGAGUGCACGUUUGGAGAAUUCAGAGACUUAAUUAUUCCACCCUACUACUUGUCUACAAUCGACCAGAUGCGUAAAGACAAAAGAACUGAUUAUGAAAAGGUGGUCCCUUAUUGCAGAGAGCACUGGAUCCCAGUAAUUGUGCUGGCAAACACUCGUAGUGGGAACAACAUGGGUGAAACUUUACUAGGAGAAUUUAAAAUUCUGCUGAACCCUGUUCAGGUUUUUGAUCUAAGCAAAAUUACACCUGCUAAAGCACUCCAACUCUGUUCCUUGCUGCCUUGCAAUGCUGUCAGGGUUCUUGUCUGUGGUGGGGAUGGUACAGUAGGCUGGGUCCUGGAUGCAGUCGAUGAAAUGAAAAUAAAGGGGCAAGAACGCUUUAUUCCGCAAGUCGCAAUUUUACCGCUAGGAACAGGUAAUGACCUGUCCAAUACACUGGGCUGGGGUGCAGGUUAUGCUGGAGAAGUCCCUGUGGAACAAAUCUUACGAAAUGUGAUGGAGGCAGAUGGAAUUGUGCUGGACAGAUGGAAAGUUCAAGUGACAAGCAAAGGAUACUACAACUUAAGGAAGCCAAAGGUAUUCACAAUGAACAACUACUUUUCUAUAGGACCUGAUGCUCUUAUGGCUUUAAAUUUCCAUGCCCAUCGUGAGAAGACUCCCUCUUUGUUUUCCAGCAGAAUUAUUAACAAGGCCGUUUAUUUUUUUUAUGGAACCAAAGACUGCUUAGUACAAGAAUGUAAAGAUCUUAACAAGAAAGUUGAGCUAGAGUUGGAUGGUGAGAGAAUCGAGUUACCCAGUUUGGAAGGCAUCAUUGUUCUGAACAUUGGAUACUGGGGAGGUGGCUGUAGGCUCUGGGAAGGAAUGGGUGAUGAACCUUAUCCCUUGGCAAGACAUGAUGAUGGACUUCUGGAAGUUGUUGGAGUUCAUGGUUCCUUCCACUGUGCUCAGAUUCAGGUGAAACUAGCAAAUCCUGUUCGUCUAGGGCAGGCACAUACAGUGAGGCUGAUCUUGAAGAGUUCAAAGAUGCCAAUGCAGGUGGACGGAGAGCCAUGGGCUCAGGGGCCAUGCACUGUUACCAUAACUCAUAAGACACAUGCACUGAUGUUGUAUCAUUCGGGUGAACAAACAGAUGACGACGCAUCCAGCGUGUCUGAGCAGGAGCACGUGAGAGAACAGACAGAUGAAGAUGUAUAAAUUUUGUGGGACGCAACAUAAUGCAGUGAAGAACUUCAACCCAUUAAAAACACUGAGAAUGCUUAAUCUAGCUUAAGGAUUAUGCUGUAAGGUUCAUACUUGUGAAUUAAUUAGGGUUGAGGAAACCAUGAUUUCACAUUCAUGAACAUUUUCUCAGCUGAAUUACCACAACUGUUUUGCCUUUUAGACUGGCAGUGGUACCCAGCCUCUCCAGCUGGACAAGUUACUGUAAUGGGAGGGAAGGGCCAGGUGCUGCAGUUCUUCCUUGCUCUAGAAUCGCAUCUUCUGCACAUAUGCAGCAUUGCAUGCAAAAGGCAUAUACCCUUGGAAGGGAGAACAACUGGGAGUUCAGCCUGCUUCCACCUCUUCUUUUUGCCAGGAACAGUUCCAUAGCAGAAAACCAGAAUAAGUAGAAUAUGAACUGUUUUCUGAGGACAGCCUGCCCAUGGCUGCCAUCUCUUGAGAGCAGGAUAAAUUCCUUUUGGUAUACCUGCUUGUGCAGUACAUAUCUUACAGGUUUGACUGGGAAAGUGGAGGAUGUGGGGGCUCUUGGCAAGGCACUUUGCAAGUAAGAUGUUUUUGGACCAAAGGUUUCUGAGAAGGGUAUGUUAGCAAAUGACUCUGUUAAUGGCUUUGUAAGCCCAAGUACCCAAAACUUGGGCAGCUUGAAAAUAGUUGUACCAUGAUUUGCACUGAAUGAUCCUCUGACUGACUGCAUCAGUUCAGUGAGAGAUUAAUCCUAGUUUUUCUAACUAGCAAUGCAUUUUAGUUCUUAAGGAGGCUUGCUGAAGGAAAACUUGACAAAGGAGCUGUUUAAAAUAUAUAUUGGAUGGUUUUAAAUAAUGAUGGCUGGCAAACCAUCAUUCUUAGGGAUUUUUAAGAGGCUUUUAAAGGUCUUGCUUUGCAAUUACCUGAAAACAAUUGGUAGCAAGUCCAUCUGUUAACUGUUUCAAUCUGAGGAGGAGGGCUAGGUUUGCAGAGGUUAGAGGGUUCAGUCGCAUGUAUUAUUGGGUUGGACGGGGAAUUAAACAUUUGAUUUCUGACUGGCCCUUAAGGAAUCAGAGAUCUCUCUUGACCCUCAGUCAUCAUUCCUCAUGUGAGUAUAGGGCCAGAAAACUGUAAGUGGUUUAUACUCAUAUUAAAGGUUAAGUACACAUACACUAGUGCAUGGGCACUGUCAGUUUGACACAUCUGAAGCUUGUCAGGUGAAAACACCUUCAGUUAACAGAAGUGAAAACCUGCUUCCUAUUUUUUUUUCCUCUGAUAGGUAAACCUGCAGCAGAUGAGAGCUAUGAGUUAAGAUCAGGGACCUGAACUUCCAAGUGUUGCUGCUUUUGUUAAAUUUCCCCCAUCAUUUUUCAUUUUUCUUUAUGCUGACUAUGAGAGAUACCAUUAGGUAAGGUAGGUUGUCUCUGGGUUUUGCAAGAAGAAACUGUUUUUCAACAAUCUAUGAAACGAAGUUUGCAUUAGCAAACUAUUUAAAAAUUGAACUAUUUAUAUUUUAAAAUAAUUUAUUAAAGUCUUGGUAAAGUUAGUAUUUUUAAAACCUUUAAUUGUAGUUCUAUCUGGAGGACGUUUUUAAAUUGAUAGUUUUCAUUCUAGGAAGUGUACGUGCUAGAUCUGAAAAUACUACUGAUUAUCUGGAAAUGUGAUCAGAGUAGGGUAAACUGUAAGGCAGACACCAUUUGUAAAUGUUUCACUCAUCAGCCUCCCACACUUCAUCUUAAUUGUUUUAUAGUAUGUAAAUACAGGGAAGUCUAUGUAAAAAGUAUUUAAAAUAUGCAAACACAUGCAAUGUUAGAUAAACCUGUUACCCUAACUUUUUAGUUUUGUUACAGAGUUUCAAUUUGUAGCUUCAGAAGCCUUCUAGUGGAAAGUUGUUUUUAUUUGUUAACUUGCAGACAUUAGCAUCCAACAAAUAUUUAAGUUCUGUGUUGUGGUUCUCACGUAACUCUCAUUUACAAACAAAUGACUCCGGAAAAGCAGAGUAUGUGCUCUGAAGGGCAGUAUUUCCUCACAGGAAGUCGCACCCACUGGCUGCUUGAUCUGAACUGUUCAGAGUGCAAUUUAAAGAGCUCCCUGACAUUGAUCAGAUGAUUUUUCACAUUAUUCUGUAGCUUAAGAAUCUUCAGUCGUUCAAAAACUUCCUUCUUUGAACUCCCAACACGUAGAAAAAUGACUUGGAAAGCUUUGCUUUUCUUUUCCCUCCUCUUUGCCAGUAGUUAAGCUGGUUUUCCACAUCUGUUCAAGUUCCAGUGAUGCUGUGCUGUGUUUGUGCACAUUGGGUCCUCACGCUUAGUGCACUUUGCCAGGAAUCCAGUCCUGAAUGUGAAAUACUCUUUGGGAAAUGGAAAUCUAUCAGUACCUUUGCAGAAAGCAAGGAGGAUGAGAAUUGAAAGUAACAUGUAAGUGUGCGUUUGUUGGCAGAGCCCCUGGUAAAUUGUCUUGUCUGUAUUGAACAGAUCGUUCCAUUGGUGGGUGUGGGAGUGAAGAAGUUUGUUUCACAAACUGACUGUUGGUGAUUGCAGGAAGCAACAGGUAGCAAGUCUAGCUGUUACAGACAUGGAAAGCUUCUUGUAAAUUUGCACUUAUCCUGUGGAGGAUAUGCUGUAUGUGUCCAGUUUCCAACCAGGCAUGUGGUCAUCCUCCUAUUGCAACUGUAUGUAGUUGUCAUAUGCAUAACAACAAAAGCUUUUUAAGCAGAUGUUAGCACUAGAAUCUGUUGGGAAGUCUUGCUGCUUCCUACACUCCAUCCUUUCAUUUAAAUGUGUCCUCUUUUCCGCUGUGUUGCAAAUAGAGUUGGUUAUUUUGAGUUUCUUUUAUGGGACUGUUUAAAUUUUUGUCCGACUUCUAAAAGUGAAUAUGAGCAAUGGGCUCCCAGAUUGUAAUGCUGACAUAAAUUACUUUCUGUAGCCUGUAAUAUAGCUGCAGUUGUUUAAUGUUGACGUGUGUUACGGCUUUAAAACUGCUACAUGUUUUUGUUUUAAUGUUGUUGGCACAGAAAGCACUGGUACAGAUAGCUGCUGUACAGAUAGCUCCCCGAAAGCACUGCAAACUUCAAAAUACUGCAGUAUAUCAUUUACCCAGAAGAGGGUAUUCUGCAGCUGGGUCUCAUGGCCUGCAAAGAAGGAUUCUCCCUUGCCCUCUAACUGAUUAAUAUUGAGGAAAAAUAAAGACAAAUAAUGAGUAGUUUAUUCUGGCAGUCUUCAUACAGUGUAACCUUAUGUAAAAUGUGGAGAGUGAAUACUAACAAAAAUUGUCAAGCACUCAAAAGUGGUUGUUGAGAGUUGAUUUUGAAGUUUGAUGGCAGCACACGCUGGCGUUACAGAAGCUUGGUCAGAUUCUGUAGCAUCCUUUGCUGUAGGCUCCCAGUCCUGUGAAAUGCAAACAGCAAACUGAAGGAGAGCCUUCCUGUGCAUAGCUUCCUGCCUGGCUCCAACCUAGUUUGUUUGUGUGUGCAUUGAGAGGAGGGUGUAUGUGUGCAUUUCCAAACGCACAGAGCUUUUUGUCUUAGGCUUUGUUUGACUUCUUUAUUUAUGCAUUUCUCCACUUCAAGCUUUCUCUGUGAUGCUUUAUGCUGGCUAACUUGUCAGCAAAGCACGCUGAAUGGUUUCACACAGCAUCCCACCUUGUUCAGUCACCUCAGUCACUGAUUUAUUCAGAUAAUACCUGGAAAAUAUUAGAAUGGGCACCUCAUGUGUAGCAUUCCUAGCCCCCAGGCCUGUUCUCACAGUGCAGUUUUUGCUCUCUGCUGCUGGGGAGAAUGUCCACAUUCUUCACAGGUUCUCAGAACCAGGAGUUGAAGUUCUUGUUUCAGUUCCUUCUGCCUCUGCAUUACAUGCACUGAUGCUCACAGCUUUUUUUUUUUUUUUUUUAGUGUAUAUUAUUGUAUCUACUGGUUAAAGCAAACCAACUUAAAGCACUGUACCUUAGCUGUAAACAGCAUAACAGUAUGAAUGUUACGAUACUUAGGAACACUUUUUGGAAGAGCAGCACUGCAACAUAGCUAAUUAUUUUGUGGGUAGGAGUAGGACAUUUAGGAGCCUUCACAUUUUCUAACUGAAAAUCCUUUUUUGUUCUGUAUCUCAUACUUAGCAGUAUUUGCAGUUUUCUUAAAAAAGAAGCAAGAUUGUACUCAGUUAGGAGUAGAUUAGGAUGUUCUUAAAUUUAAAAACAGUUGUAGCAUCGCUAAUCCUGUUGAAUGUGAACCACUUACUUAAAAAUGCUCUGAUUUUUGCUCUGAGACACUAUAGCUGCACCUGGAAAGUUGGGAAGAAACAACAGAGGGCAUUUAGUGAUUAGAUGUACUGAGAGAAUUUACAGGUUCUGUAUUGCAGCGUUGUUUAGGCCACUGUUCUAAAGGCACAGCAGGAUCAAAGAGUGCUGAAUACUCAGUGCAGGUUUUGGGCAUCUCAGGGACAGACUUCAGCUGGAGUAAAGCCACAUGCCUCCAUUAAACCUAGUAAUGUUAUGCUGUCAUGCUUUAGCUGAGGAUCUGGCCUUUACUGCUUGAAAGUAUGAAUGUAUUUAAAAUUUUACUUCUCAUUAAUUCUACCCUGUUUACUGUGCUGUAAACUCUUAUUAUUGUAUAUAAUUGUUGCACUGCUUCAUUUGCCACUUGUUUACAGGUUUCAGCAUAAAUCCUUUUCUCCUAGGGGUAAGUGGGAACUCAUAUUGUGAGUUUGUUGCAUUCUGAGUCCUUGAAGUUUACAUCCCUCAGAAGCCAUUUUGUCACCUACCAAUGUUGUAAUCCUUGAGUACCUACAGCCAUCUUCUCUUUAUAGGAUUUUUAUAGUUAAACAGAAUGGAUUUUUAUUUUUGUAGCUUGUAACUUCAACUGUAUAGUAGUUAUUCCUAUUUAGUAAUGAGUGGUCAGAAUACUGUACAAACGUGACUCUGAAAAGCUGUAACUGUAAUAAUAACUAUUUGCAAGAAAAUACCAGCAUGUUAAAAGUUUAAAAAACAAAAGUUAUUCUUUAGCUUGGAAAUACUGUGAUACUGUGAUUUGGAAUUUGUAUUGGAUGUGUGUGCAUAUUCUGAAGUUGCUUUAAAUAAGGAAAGAAAAAAAAACCAACCUGAGCUUAGCAUGCAAAUAAUAGACUAAAAGGGGAAAUUGUAAACAGUUUUAUCAACCAGGAAAGACACUUAGGACUGGGUGGGUUUUAUGUUUCUCUUACAGAGGACUGAAACAGGAAUGGUCAUAAAACAUUUGUUUCCUUAUGGUGCAGUUUAAGUGUCCAACCUCAACAAAAGCCAUCUGCACCAUUCUCUCUGCAUUCCCAGAAACAGAUCUCAGAGCAAAACUGAAUGCUCGUUGCUGUAAACUGCGUGAGAUCUUACAGCAUAACAUUGAACCUCCGAUGCAGAUUCUGAAGGCAAGUGGUUAUGUGGUUCUUGACAUGACAAUGCUCUUAAAUGCCACAUUCUUCUUCCUUUGGUGUUCAGGAGUGGGUAAGGAGUGGGACUGCAGCCCUCGCUGCCAGCAGCUGGGCUGUCCCCAGCGUGAUUCUGGAGCUUUCCAUGCAGCUCUGCUUUGUUCGCGAUUCUCGCUGGCUUAAUCCAGUGUUUCUGAAGCAGGUGAUGCUGGCACUGACCUGUGGGCUGGUGCCAGGUUCACUGCAGUCAUACAUGAGGGUAAUGGUAUGUGUUAUUUGCCUGGGCGAGGCUCUGCCUAUAAAAAGCUGCACCUCAGUGCAGUCACAGCACGCUGUCAGGGCUGAACCCCGCCUUAACAGCAGUGAAACCGAAACCUUUGUCUGUAGUCAGUUGUACUGCAGCCUGUUGUUGUGGCUGAGCUCCCCAAGGCUCUUGGGAGGAAGGCCAGCCCCCUGUUCCUCACAGAGCCUUGCAACUGCAGGUUUUCAAAGGACUGACUCUGCUGCUGAGUUUCCUGACGAGCCAUUUUGUUGUCCUGUUGUUUGUACUGUAUUUAUCUGUGGUCUAAAGUGUGUGGAUUAAAGUAUUUAAACUCAGUUUUUUCCUGUUUCUCACUAUGCACGGAAGCAAGAGGUGAGUUCUGGGAGCUGCACGGGCCUGGUGGUGAAGAUGGCCAGUGCUCAGGGCUGUCAGACGUGCAGGGCGGGAUCGAGUUCCUGAGGGCACUGUGGCUGCUGCUCCUGGGCUGUGGGAGAGCCGUGUGCCUGUGCGAGGCUGAGCUGAGCAUCUCCACAGCCCAUCUCGCCAUCACCGCGCUGCUGCUGCGCGGUUGAUUUUUUCAUAAGAGGUAUGAUUAAAAUGAACCGCAUCAAGGGUGGUGGAAUUGCAAAGCCCUGAGCGAAAAGCUCGGCCGGCUUUAAUUAGAAACGUUUUCUUGAUUGAGUCUUACAGUCAACGUUUAAAAAUGUUAGAAACGUGGGGUUUUACGCCCAGUUCCCAGCCCUGACCUCACGCCUGGUUCUCUCCCCGCCCGCACUGCCUGUGAGGAUCACCGCCUAUUGCUGCUUCCUGGCUUAACUUUGGCUCCUGGAUGCUGAAGGUCAAUCUGCAUUGCUUUUAAACAACCCCGCCAUUCGGUUCUCCAUCGACGUGGCAGUGCAGGGCCCACCUCAGCCCGCACGGCUUUUCUUCUCUCCCCACUUUGGUGCAUCUCACCGCAUCACACAGUAAGACAGCAGUCAUUUGAACACAACAGCAGCUUUAUUUCUGCUUUCCGUGCUGCUUGCUUCAAGUCUGAGUACAGAAGAAAACCUUUAGAGUUUGGGUUUACAAUUAAUAUUUCUUGAAUUAAAAAAUCAGUUCACUGAGAUCAAAACUGAAACAGUCAACAACAUCUAAAAGAUGAUAGGCAUGACAGUAAAACAGAGGGCAUAAAAAUCAGUGUCUGCUGCCCUGAGAAGCACACCUAGCUGAAACUGCUACAGCACAGAGCAGCUCACUGAAGCACAUGGCUCAUACCAGCACAAUUGGCACAUUUAGACAUGCACAAGCAUUUACUUUUCUAAUUGUAGUACUUUACAACUACUUUUCAUUGAAGAAAAAUUAAUACAGAUUAAGGCAUUCAGUGGUGAGGAUCUCACCAGUUACUCUCAUUUGUACAUCAGCGUGCAAAUCAUUUAACACAUCAUGGCUUUAUUAAGACCAGGAUUCAUUUUCUUUCUAGACUGAUUAAGUCAGCUUCUUUAGAAAAGUGUAACUGAAAUCCAUGUUUAUAUCUAUGUUUUAUUUAAAACCAUUGUAGCUUUGAUGGUACUACUGGCUGAGUAAAACCACUCUAGUUUUCCUGAGCCAUUAGCUAUCGUGCUAUAACUAAGUCAGUCCUGCACAUAGCAGGGUGGUUGAAACUCAAUGAUCAUUGUGGUCUUUUUCAACCCAGGCCAUUCUAUGAUUCUAUGAACUAAUAUUUUACUCUGUUGUAUCAGCCCCAAUGUUUUGAUAAAUCUGGAGAUAUCUGAAAUACCACUUUUCAGAAGUGUGGCAACUCAGCUGUUACGUUUCUCUCUUUGUUCCAAACGAACAGACCUUCGUUCUACCAUUCUGGUUCAUUUCUGGCACAAAAACAAACCAAAAACAAGAACCUCCUAUAGUACAGUGUCAGGCUUGUUUCAGUGCUCAUGGUAAACCAGAACAUGUAUGACAUGAUACAUGCUGAUGUCACAUUUAAAGAAUCUACCCUUGUCCAUCGUGGCAGAAUAAGAGCUCUUCUAUCCUUAGCUUGAGUGUCACUCCAUGCUAUGGCUAAAGGAAGCCCAAAGACUUAGAGGUUAAUGUUGACACCCCUUUGAAACCCAAAGACCAAGGGGAUAACAGAAGAGCUGGACUUUCUCCACUGCACAAGCCCCUGGAGUACCUUUUUUCCCCAUAAAAAGGGGACAGGGUACUCCUCCAGCAUCCCACUGGGUGAAUCUGCAGCCCUAUGCCAUGGCUGAGCAGCUCACUGGACAGGAUUUCUCAGAUGAAACUGCUUGUGUCCCCACAGCUGGAAAGCUGGAAAUGCAGGAAAAAAGUUCUGACUGCACUCCUGGUUCCUAACAGGACCCAUCCUCCUUCCUCACCUUUCAAAAUGUUUCAGUGCAACCGUGCAUUGGAAUGGUGGGACUCUUGAAAUAGAACAACCAUUCCAAAGACACAGUCACACUUUUAGAUCCAGCAUCAAUUCCGUAUACCAUUCUGGACCAAGGAAUGGAAGUAUUGGAAUGAUGCUAUCCUUUGCAAAGUACUAUGAGCUUUCAAACCAAGUAACCAAAGACAACAAAGCUGAAGUUCCUACAAGUUGCCCUCUAAAACUCUUUCACUAACAUGAAAUGUAGUCAGAGGUUAUUUUGAGCAUUCCAACAGUUCCCUUUCAAACUGUCAGCAGUAGCUUUGUGUUUUAUUUCUCAGCACGUGCUAAAUCCCACUAGACUCCAAGAAUUCCAUCAUACGAGCUUCCUUGUUCUUCACAGGGUACUCCAAGACAUAGAGCUAGCAUAGUAAGUCCAGAGUCAUCACCAAGGUACAGGCUCAAUAACUAGGAAAUCCAAAUACCUCAAUUGCCUACUGAUUGUUUUAAAGUUAUAAUUAAGAAAAGCUGAGGUACAGAUUCCUCUGCACAUGAUGAGGACUUCUGGAAACAUACCACAACCCAAAGAAGACCAGGACAAUUAAAGAUCCAUUUCAGAGGAGAUGGAAAUGUAUUCCAUUUUGUGCUGAUUUCCUGUAUGCUUCAAAGGACGUACCUCCCUGCCAGCAGGCUUCACACAAGGAGGAAACAUCAUUCUCUAUGCACUGUGCUCCUCAAAUCAGAGUCACAGUAACAUAUUCACCCCACGGGAAAUCCAGCCUCUACCAACUAAGCAAGUGAAAAUAUGCCAACAGAGGGCAUCCUGCCUUCCAAAGAGGAAAAGUUUUAUGACAGGAGACUCUGCUUUAAGCGAACAGCACAUUUAUGCUCCUUAUACAAACCAAACAUAAACUCCCUGAACUCCUCAACACACAGCAAAUACUCCAGAGCCUUCACUGUGAGGAUGUGAAGCAUAUUCCGGGUCAGAACAUGACUCAGAAUGCUUCAACUCACAGACAGUUGUUACAGAUCCACAUGCUACACAGGAUAUCUUCCUGAAGACUCUGUGAUAUAUUCACUGUUAUUUAUUUCCUGGUGAUUCUGAUGCCAUGUCUUAUCCAUCAGCUCUGAAAGUUCUAAUGAGAUCAUAACGAUUUUUACAACUGAGUGUCACAAGACCUGAAUUUACCUCUUUCAACAGUUCAUUCCGUUCCAUCUCAGUGGCAGUCACACACUGAGAACACACACUCUAAAUCCUGGCUGUAGACAACAGUCUGAAUAUAGAGAAAAAAUUAAUGCAAGACGGAGACCAACCUCAAAGCCUGAAACACUUUUUCAGGAAAUCUCUCUUAUUUCCUUCUCAAACAGUCAUAUUCUACCUGUGAAACACAGGCCUGAAAACUGGAGAUCCUUUACAAUGACUGCAGAAUCUACAGCAGCUAUUGAACAACUCAUUUGUUAAUGGGUUGUAUCAUAACUUUGCUUUUGGAAGGACAGUGAAGUCUUUGCAAAUCCUUUCUCUGUGGUUUUUACUGUCAUUGUUUUACUCAAUCACUGUCUAAAGGCUGUAGCAACGCAGGCCAUAGAAUCAUCCGACAUCCUAAACUACCUAAAAGAGUCAUUAAUUUUCAUCCAAAGAAAAAAACAAAACAGAAAAACACCAAAACCCACCAAAAAAAAAAAAAA